ACAACCCCGAGCCGUCUGCCCCGGUACCGCUUACCUUAGAUAGCGCUUCAAGUGCUCAAUCGGAAAGUUUCUAGCGCUGGGCUUCCACCUCUGUAAUGGCAAACGAGUUCCAGCGGGAGGCUGGGCGCUGGCGAAAAUUCGAAGACAUGCUCGGCAUCCUGGACGCCUCCCUUGCGCACAUAUCGCAGCUCGUCUCUGUCAACGAGAAACUAUCUGCCGAAGAAAGAAUACAACGGCUUGAAACCCUCAAGGAGGCCGCCCGCGACAUCGCGAUCGUGGGCGCAGAAGCGAAGGGCCGCAGUGCGGCGUGCGGCGAGAUGGCGCGGCAGCUGAACAUGGAACUACAAAGCGGCGAGCCGAUCAGCGACUUGCUCGGCCUGUACGACUCGGGCGUGGAGUCCGCGGAGCAGCAAGGGCAGCGCUCGUCGUACACGCGCGCGCCCGAGGUCGUGCGCGUUCAGAAAUUGAUCGACCGCCUCGCGCGCAGCGGCGACGAGGACUUGGAAAUCGAGGAGGCCGUGGGCGCUGCAUCGCGCACGCUGCGCUGCCCCGUGCUCAACCAGGACAUCGAGAAGCCUGUCAAGAGCACCGUGUGCGGGCAUGUGUACAGCUUGGCCGGCGUUAUCUCGGCAUUGUAUCAGGAGCAGCGCGUCAUGGAUGAACGCAGGUUUCCGAAGACACUGGAUCUCGUGCCGGCUGAGUACGAGACGAGAUGCCCGGUUGUCGGGUGCCAGCACAAGAUUUCGGCAGGCAAGUUGAAGAGGGACUUUGGGACAGAGCUCACACAACGGCAGCUGCAAAGCGCCAGAGCGUCGGUCGAUGACUCGGAUGCUGUCGACGUACUUUAGUUAGAGCGGUGGGGAUGGGCACCGCGGAGGUAGGAGCAAUGCUGAUAUCAUAAAUAAACUCGACCUCAUGUCAAAUUCCCGCGAUGAGGUUAACAGAAACCAGGAAAACGUGCUAA